AUGGUGAUAAUUGAGCAAUCAUCUUCAACUAUUGACACUUGUCAAAUGAAUAUCAAAAUUGAUACAGAUAAACCAGUUACAUUGUCGAUCAAUACAACAAAUGAACAUCAUCAUUUGCAUACUACAUCGGCACCAACAUCGAUCUAUCAUCCUCGAAAUCCAUCAAGCAAUAGUCCAAUGAAUGGGAAUACUACAAAUCCAGGUCAUUUUCAUCAUCAUCAUACACAUUUAUAUAAUCCACCUAAUGGUUAUAAUUAUUCAUCAACGCCACCACAACCACCAUCAUCAGCUAGUUAUUAUUCAAUGCAACCAACUAAUCUUUAUAAUGAUCCAUAUUCUCAAUGUUCAUCUUAUUGGAAAGCAGCCGCAGCAGCAGCAGCAUCCUCACCUGAUCUUUCAAAGUCGAAUAAUAAUAAUCAUUCAAAUCGAUUAUCCUAUCCUCUUGAUCAUCCUCAUUCAUCCAAUAUGCACUAUAUACCAUCAUCAACAGGCUUAUCUUCUCAAUUAGAUAUUAAAUCUGAACAUUCAUCACCAAUGAAAAAUAUUCAAUUAACAAUGUCAGGUGAAGAAGAUUCAAAUGAAAGUCAUCCAACAGGUACCGAAGAAGAUGAUGAAGAUGAAGAUGAAGAUAUGGAUUUAAAAACACCAGAAAAAGAAGAACCAAAUAAUCCAUCUAAUAAUGCACCAAGAAAAUCAAAUCGUCGAGCAGAAAAACCACCAUAUUCGUAUAUUGCUUUGAUUGUUAUGGCUAUUAAUAGUCGAGCUGGAAAAGGACAUUAUUGGACGAUAGCACCUGAUUCCGAUUGUAUGUUUGAUGAUAAUUGUAUGCGAAGAAGACCUAGAGGAUUUCGACGAAAAUUAGGAAAACAAUCAGCAUAUCCAAAUCUUUUAGGUCAAAUGGAUACAACAGUUUCAACAAAUUCAAAUGGUACAGCAACAUCAUCAACAUCAUCAGCUAUGGAUCCAAGUGCCGUUAGCUCUUACAAUCCUAAUCCAUCAUCAUCAUCGCCUUCGACAUCAACUGGUGUAGGACCUACAAAUUAUUUUGAUCUUAGUAAUUAUGCUGCUUCAUCGUCAUCAACAACAGCAGCAGUCAAUGGACAUCAUUCGUCAGAUCUCUAUGCAGCUGCAGCACUCAUGGCCUCAUAUUCUUCCACUUAUCCUCAUCGUUCUCAUUUUACAACAAAUAAUUCAUCUUGUUCUUCAUCAACAUCAUCAACAACAAAUACAAAUGCCUUAUCGACAAAUGCAAGGAUUACAGAUGAUACUGAUUCAGGAUCGCAUGUACAUUUUGCAAAUAGUGUACAUUAUGGAUCAGGACCAUCUCAAUCAACUUAUUUUUCAUAUGGAAAUCCACCAACACAUCCACCAACAAGUUCAUCAUUUGAUCCACAUAAUCAUUUUUAUGCAAAUCCAUUUGCUGGUUUUCUUGAUCAAAAACAUUCACUUUUACCGGCAACAUUAUCCUGCUAUGAUCAUCAUCCAUCAUCAUCAAACUAUUAA